GAAUGCCACCCAUGCCAACAGCUUGGCUGCACCUUUUCACCUAGUUAAAAGCAUGAGUCACCCAAAUGUGACAAAAAUUUAUAACGUGUCCCUCAAAGAGUGGGGAGUCGAAGAGCUGGAAACUAUAAUUGCAAGAUGUGAAAAUCUGUCGACUUUGAAUGCAGAGAAGCUAGAAAGGUUUUACCAAAACGGUCUGGCCUCACCUGUAUCGCUCUGUGUACAAAUAGAACUUUGCGGGCCAGACCUGUUGUCUUGGUUGAGAAUUGGAAAAACAGUGGAUGAAAAUUUGUCGGAAAUUCAGUACAAAAUCAUUUCCGGAAUUCUGGAUGGAUUGAGAUAUCUUCACCAAAAUGAUAUCGUGCAUCGUCACAUCAGUCCGGAAGCUGUCAUGUUUUCCCACACGUUAACGACGGAGUACAUUGUUCCCGUAAAAAUUUCAAGUUUCCAGUUUUGCCGCCCCAUAAAUUUUGACCGCCGAGAGAGUCAAGAUGGUGGUGACUUGGUCAGUGUUACUGAUCCUUUGCUAUAUUACUACGAUCUUUAUCUAGCUCCAGAAGCUAAAUCUAGCUCCAGAAGCUAAAUCUAGCUCCAGCACUGCUACUUGUUCCAAGACGUUCGAUAUAUUUUCGGCUGGGCUGCUCUGUCUGGCUGUACUUUUACCGCCAAAUAGGAAAACGUCGUCCGAAUUGUACUAUAAAAUAGUGCACGAAAAUGACUCCAGCGUUAUACCGGAGCAUCCGGAAAUCACGAAUGCGAAGGAAUUGAUUAUUCAGAUGAUGAAGCGACGGCCAGCCGAUCGCCUGCAAAAUCUUGAUCAGGUGCAUUUCAGACGAACACCCGUUUCCAAAAAUAUCUGUACGUCCCCCAUCACAAUUUCUCCUGAUUUCACAUGGUUAGAUGAAACACAGUUCGAAAAUUUCCUUGGCUCAGGAUCAUUCGGGUUUGUCAUGGGGACGCGAAGUAAGGAAGCCGUCAAAUUCAUUUCUCUGUCAGAAACUGACGGACCGGAGCGGGACGUUGAGCGGAAACAAGUCACCCGGGAGUACAAGACAAUGGUGUUGGCGAAAAAUCAUCCAAAUAUUGUGCAAAUUUUGGCAUGUUCGGAAAAGUUUUUCACGUCGGACUCCCUGAAUGACAUUCUUCACAAGGUUUCACUACCGGAAGAAGUCAACGAUUCAAUUUAUCUGCACGCAGCACGUGCCCGCAAGCACAAAAUUAUAAUUCCAACGUUCUGUAUUAAGAUGGCAAUCUGCGGACAAUCUUUGCGUGAAUGGUUAUCCGAUAUGCAUGAUAAGCCACGUACCUCAUACAUGCAAGAUUUUCAAGUUGAGAUUAUUUCAAAUUUACUGGCGGGAUUUAAAUAUCUACAUUUUCAUAAAAUUAUACAUCGUGAUUUUAGACCGGAGAAUGUGUUGUUCUCUUACUCGCGACAUAAGAAAUACAAGCUGCCCGUUAAAAUUGGGGAUUUUGGCCUGGCUCGAUUUUUGCCCGAUUAUGAGGAAAGAUUGACAUCUCGAGUUGGAGCAAAUUCAUAUCGAGCACCGGAAGCGGAGACGUCUUUUUAUGGGGUUCAAGCCGACAUAUUUUCACUGGGGUUGGUAUUUUGGGAGGUGCUGCAACUGCUCGACCCAAAAAUUAGGAAAUCCAUGUUUUACAAGUUGGUGCACGACUAUGAAAACCAUCCCUUUCUUGUUGAAGACCAUCCAAGAUUAGUGAACGCGAAGGAACUCGUGGUCACCAUGACCAAACGACUGUAUCGAGAAAGGCUGCGAACCAUGGAGGAUGUGGUUCUACAAUUAUGUGAGGUGCAGCCUUAAGGGAUUGGUUUGUUCCACGUGUCACACCUUAGGAACAUGGACUAUUCCGUUUUAUGGACCAAUGUUUCCGAAAUUUUAUCUCUUGGAAAAUCAUAUGUAUGUGCCAUUUUUAAUGGUUCAAAAUAAAAUCCUGAAAUGUCUCCUA